GGCAGUAACGCGCCGUUUCCUCCUUCAAUACCAAAACGAAGAAGAUAGGUUUGGUGUUAUCCAGCAGCUGAUGAUAUGUGUUUUGUUUGUUUUCUUUGACUAAAAUGUAAUCGUUUUUAACGCAAUGCUAGCUUAAUAGUCGUCCGGUUAUGGCUGAAUUGUCUGAACAAAGACAUCGACGGUCCGACUGCGACUAAUGCCUUAACCUCUCCCCGGCUCGCCAGUGGCUGAGAGCACGAUGAUGCUGAAGAUGCCCCAGAAGCUGCUGAAGACCGCCCACUACAUAGAGCUGGGCAGCUACCAGCACUGGCCGGUGCUGAUACCCCAGAGGAUACGGCUGUACACCUACGAACAGAUCCCCCUCUUCCUCAAAGAAAACCCCUACAUCACAGGCGGCUACAGGGCCCACCUGCCCUCCAAACUCUGCCUGAGGAGUAUUUUCAUUCUGUCCAAUGAGACCGUGAACAUUUGGAGCCACCUCCUUGGUUUCCUGCUCUUCUUCUCUCUGGGGGUCAACGACCUCUCAUCGGUACUGCCAGCCUCCGGAGCGAAAAGAGAGGACUACGUCAUCUACGCCAUAGGACUGUUCUGCUUCCAGGUGUGCAUGUUGUGCUCUGUGGGGUAUCACUCGUUCUCGUGCCACCGAUCAGAGAAGACUUGCCGUCGCUGGCUGUCUUUGGACUACGCAGGCAUCUCUGUCGGCAUCCUGGGCUGUUAUGUCCCCGGGAUCUUCUACGCUUUCUACUGUAACGCUUUUUGGCAACAGGUCUACCUGCUGACGGUGCUGUCCCUGAUCCUGGCCGUCUUCUGCGCUCAGGUCCACCCUCAUUACCUCAGCAACGAGUGGCGGCGGAUUCGGACGGCGAUCUUCUGCUGCGUGGCCGGCAUCAGUGUGAUUCCUGCAUGUCACUGGGUCUGGCUCAAUGGAGGAUUCACCACUGAUGUUGUACAGCUGUUCCUGCCUCGUAUGAUGGUGAUGUACCUGAUCGCUGGAUCGGCCUUCUUGUUCUACGUCACCAAGAUCCCUGAACGCUGCUUCCCCGGCCAGCUGAACUACCUGGGUGCCAGCCACCAGGUGUGGCACAUACUGGUGGUGGUGAUGUUUUACUGGUGGCAUCAGACAGCCGUACACAUCAUGCACUUCAGGCACAGCCAGUCGUGCCCGACCAGCAGCGGCUAAGUUGAAGCGAUCCAAGGAUGUUACGGGAAAGGCAAUCAGUUGCGGGCUAAAAGCUAUAAAUGUCAGCAGACAUCAGUUACACUCCUCAUGUUAAUAUUCCACCACUUCUCACCAGUUAGCUGCUGGUUAGAAGUUGCUGCCUAAAGGUUUUUCAACCACUAGCUUGUGACUACUAGCUGCUAAGGUGUAAAACUGGGAGUCUAACGGUAGCUCUUAGCGUUCACUGAGCCGCUGGUUACUGUUUGGCUGCUGUUAAAGGCCAGUAUAUACAUUAAGUCUACUGUCUCCACCAGUAGAUAUCAGCUAGGAGUGGCUACACGCUACUGUAAAUCUUUUAAAAAUUCGCUUAACCAUUAAGAACCAUGAAGCUGGUAUUUAAAUUAAUUUGUAGGAACAGACUAAAGUUUGGUGUUUUUAAUUGGUGAUCAUUUUUUUUUAUCUCAUGGUUGGUUGAGAUUAGGAAUUUUAAUUUUUGUACAGAAGUUUUUAAAAAGAUCUCAGAGGAUUCUGUUGAAUCAAACAACGCCUGUGUGAACAAUUACCUUUUUUUUUUUUUGUGUGCGUAUCAGUUCCUACAAGGUUAGAUUGUAUGAAAAGUAUUGAUGAAAUGUGGAAAGCACAGAACAAAAACAUGACAACUGCAAAUUAUGAACACUGUGAACUCAUAAAUAAUGUCUCAACGCCUCGAGCAUUUGAAGCUCUCGAACAAAUAGCUAAAGGUCAAUCUGUGAUAUCUACGAAGAAAUUGUAGGAACCAUAUUUAGCCUACAGUACAUUAUUUUCUUAAAACUGCUUUUUUUUCUUUGUACUGUCUUGUCAGUUUUGAAUAACUCUUCACGGUGGCCAAAUCCAGUAUGUUAGGGCUGCACUAGGCAAGAUGUCAUAUCGGCCUUAAUACCAGAGCAACAGAGUUAAUCAAUAUAUUGUACAAUCAGCCUCUUUUGAUAUUGUUAUUAGCGGAGUAUUGCAUUUGAACUGGUCAGUAAACAGGAUGCGUCAUCACAGGGCAAAGGAUGAAAAAAGCCUGACAAUGGCUAAAUCCGAUGAUCGUCUCAUGACAGCAUGGUAAAUGAUCCCGGGCUCGUAUUUGAAGUCACUGACUACUGUUUGUUUUGUUAGAAAGUGGUUCGUAAACCGGAUUCUGCAUGGUUCAAAUGAGAAAAAUGUUGAUUGUAAUAUGGAUGAAAUAACCCUUUAACAACAGCUCGAACUGGACAAUUAAUACAACAAAACACCUUUUUUUUUUUUUUUUUUUUUUUGCUGACAAUCCAGUGAGUGGUCGCACUUAAACUGUCUCUGAUUGGUCAACACCUGUGGCUGAUAGGGCAGGUAGCUAAAGCCAAAAUUGUUGUCAGAUGUCACCUUUGCAGCCCUUUGAUCAUAAAGUCGAUCAUAAAGGCUAACUGUGUGACAAAAUUGUUGUUCUUGUCUGUUUUGAUGCUGUUGUUUAAAGGAGGCCAGUGUUAAGUGUUACAGCUACCUGGAGCACUUAUUUUUCUUCCCGCAGCACAGUUUGGGGCAUAUUUCAAUGUUUAGACUUUACUUUUUUUAGCAUAAUUCCAAUCAUGUUUGUACAUUUUUGCGUUAUUAUAUUUUGAGUAUUUGUACUGUAUACGCACUUACUGUUGCAGUCUGUUAGUGGGUCAAAAACAAUGAUCAAACUCAGACCGGUUUCAUCUUUGCUGUUACACAACAAGGCCAGUAGUUAUUUUUAUUUAGUACAACUCAAUGCUUGGAACAAGUUGUCAAUUUUAGUUGAGCUCACUUACUGCUGCAGAGCUGCAGAACUAGAAGUGGCACUAUGAAAGAAGUGACUUUAUUUUUGCCUUUUCGAGUGUGUGUUUUUAGUUUUCAUCAUGAACUGCGUGAUUUAAAAGAAGAAGAAGAAAAAAAUCAUCUAAUGAUUGUUUUAUCCCGUGUUUGUGUUUUCCUUGAAUAUCAUUUACAUGAUAAAGCACUGGCGCUGAUUUACGAGGUAUUUAUUUCAGUGCCUGUGUGAAAUUAUAUUUGUAUUAUAUUUUUAAACAUUUUGAAUGAAUAAAGAAUGCUGGGAAAUAAAUAGUUGGUUUGUCUUUUAUCAAUCGCUCAGGGUUACUUUGAUUGAUUGAAUUGAUUUUAAUGUCUUUAUCUAAUCCAUAUCAAUCCCAUGAUCAUUGUAGAGGACGCAUCAUGUGCUUAUGUCUGCUGUUCAUACAAUUGAACAAUAGAGGGCAGUAUUGGUACAAGAGUUACCAAUUCACAAGCAAGAGAUUUUUGUACAGAUGCACACAUUCGGUUCACCCCUUUGUUGCCAGAUUUGACCAAUUUAACCAUCUGUUGUCUUCUAAGGAGGUGACUUCUCAGACUGUUUCACAUUUGACGGCUUUCUGUUCAGCCAGGGUCAAGUCAUUCACUUCAGUUAGCAAAUUGAAAAUGACAUGCUUGUUAAACACGGGGAUCUACUGAUGACUCGGCAGGCCAUUGGUCAAGUCACAUGAUCAAAGUAUCGGUCUCAGAAGCAGGUUAGUAUAUUCUUCUAAAAAGAGACGUGUGUGCAGGGACUUUAUAU